GUAAACCACGUUGAGUUUGUCUGCUGCGGCGCUAAUUAAUUUUCCAAAGGCUGGGAGGGCUUCGCUGCAGCGCGGGCUGGCCAGCUGUUGCCAUCCCCGGCCCGUCGCUUCCCUCCUCCUCCCUGCAUUGCACAGCCCAGCUGCCGGGGCCCCUGGACUGCAAUAAAAUGUAUGCGAGCUUUUGCCUCCCGCUUGCCUUGCCCAUUAUGCUGCUGCUGCUGCUGCUUUGGGGACCGAGCAUCAGCACAGCCAGUGCUGAGCUGACAGUGGUGGUCCCCGAACACGUCCCUCUGGACAGGGUCCGUUUGCUGCGCUCCAAAAACAGCAUCCCGGAGGAGUCCCGGAGACGCCGCUCUGUGUCUUCCCAGCUGGAGGAAGAAGAGCAGAAAGCGUCGGCCCUGCUGAUCCGCCUCCCUUCCGGGCUCGGUCCCGAUCCGGGCUCUGACCUCUACUUGAACCUUCACCAGAACACGCAGUUUUUGGCCCCUGGUUUCUCGGUAGAAGAGAUCGGGGGGGACCUGAGCCGCCGGCGAGAGGAUGUCAACCGUUCCUGCUUCUACACUGGGCACGUGCUGAACCGCACUUCCGACUCCUUCGCCUCCCUCAGCGCCUGCGCAGGGCUGGUGGGCUACAUCCAGCUCGGGUCCGAGCUGGUGCAAAUACAGCCAGUGAACGCCUCGGAGUCUUCGUUCAGCGGGAAGGAGCACUUCAUCAGACGCAAGCGUUCCCCUGCGGCCGAGACAGAGAUCCCAAACGAGCACUGCAAAGCGGUGGCAGAAAAGAAGAAGCAGAAGAAGAAGAAGCCUAAUGACUGGAGGCCACGGAGGAAUGCAAUUCGACUCACCAAUGAGUACACAGUGGAGACGCUGGUGGUGGCAGAUGCUGACAUGGUCCAGUAUCAUGGGGCUGAUACUGCCCAAAGAUUCAUCCUCACUGUCAUGAACAUGGUAUACAACAUGUUUCAACAUCAGAGCCUCGGCGUUAAAGUCAACAUUCGAGUGACCAAGCUGGUCCUUCUUCGAAGCCGUCCUGCCAAGCUAUCCAUUGGACACCAUGGGGAAAGGUCCCUGGAGAGUUUUUGCCACUGGCAAAAUGAAGAGUUUGGGGGUGCAAAGUAUCUUGGAAAUAACCAGGUUCCUGGAGCACGCGACGACACCCUUCCAGUGGAUGCUGCUGUCUUUGUUACCAGGACAGAUUUUUGUGUCCACAAAGAUGAGCCCUGUGAGACCGUGGGAAUUGCCUACCUUGGAGGAAUCUGCAGUGCGAAAAGGAAAUGCGUCCUUGCCGAAGACAACGGGCUGAAUCUCGCGUUCACCAUUGCACACGAACUGGGACACAACAUGGGGAUGAGCCAUGACGACGACCAUGCGUCCUGCACCGGCAGAUCUCACAUCAUGUCCGGAGAGUGGGUGAAGGGCCGGAACCCCAGUGACCUCUCUUGGUCUUCCUGCAGCCGUGACGACCUUGAGAAGUUCUUCAAGUCCAAGAUCAGCAGCUGUUUGCUGGUAACAGACCCGCGUAGCCGAUACGCCGUACGACUUCCUUACAAACUUCCUGGGAUGCAUUACAGUGCAGACGAGCAGUGCCAGAUCCUCUUUGGGACAAACGCCACCUUCUGCAAGAAUAUGGAGCAUUUGAUGUGCGCUGGGCUCUGGUGCCUUGUGGAAGGGGAUAUGUCUUGCAAAACGAAACUGGACCCUCCUCUGGAUGGCACGGAAUGCGGAGCCGAUAAGUGGUGCCGAACGGGUGAGUGCGUCAGCAAAACUCCCAUUCCCGAACAUGUUGAUGGAGACUGGAGCGUCUGGAGCCAGUGGAGUAUGUGCAGCAGAACGUGUGGGACCGGCGCCAGAUUCAGACAACGCAAAUGCGACAAUCCACCUCCCGGACCCGGCGGCAAAAAUUGCCGUGGAGCGAACGUGGAGCACACCGUUUGUGAAAACUUGCCGUGUCCUAAAGGGGUGCCCACCUUCCGAGACCAGCAGUGCCAGUCCCAUGACCGAUACAGCAGCAAGAAGAAAAACCUUUGGACUGCGGUCAUCAUGGAUGAUAAGCCCUGUGAACUCUACUGUUCCCCCGUCGGGAAGGACUCCCCCGUGCUGGUGUCGGACCGGGUGGUCGACGGAACUCCCUGCGGCCCCUACGAGACUGAACUCUGCGUUCACGGCAAGUGCCAGAAAAUUGGAUGUGAUGGAAUCAUUGGUUCAGCUGCCAAAGAAGACCGCUGCGGAGUCUGCAACGGAGAUGGCAAAACCUGCAAAGUGGUGAAAGGAGAUUUCAACCAUACCAAAGGGAUGGUGUCCAAUAGUCACUGUAAGAAGGUUUCCACGUGUGUGAUGUCCAAAGCCAAAGCAGCUCCCAAGUGUUUCUCGUGUUACAUCGAAGCCACCGUGAUCCCAGCCGGAGCUCGACGAAUCCGUGUGAUGGAAGACAAACCUGCUCACAGUUUUCUGGCUUUGAAAGAUUCCAGUAAGAAAUCCAUUAACAGUGACUGGAAAAUUGAACUUCCUGGGGAGUUCCAGAUCGCGGGAACGACCGUCCGGUAUGUGCGAAGAGGUCUGUGGGAGAAAAUCUCAGCCAAAGGACCUACUAAAAUACCACUCCAUUUGAUGGUGCUGUUGUUCCAUGACCAAAACUAUGGGAUUCACUAUGAAUAUACCAUACCUGUGAACUACUCUGCUGAAAACAGGAGUGAGCCAGACACCCUGCAGGACUCCUUAUACAUUUGGACACACAGCGGGUGGGAAGGAUGUAGCGUCCAGUGUGGAGGAGGAGAACGCAGGACCAUUGUGUCCUGUACCCGGAUCGUCAACAAGACCAUGAUGUUGGUCAACGAUAGCGCCUGUCAGCGGGUUACCCGUCCGGAUCCUCAGGUUAGAAGAUGUAACAUCCAUCCCUGCCAAUCAAGGUGGGUGGCAGGCCACUGGAGCCCUUGUUCUUCCACCUGUGCCAAAGGCAUCCAGAUCCGAGAAGUGACUUGCGUCUAUCAGCUGCAGAAUGGCACCUACGUGGGCACAAGAGACCUCUACUGCCUCGGUCCCAAACCAGCACCUCUCCAGAGCUGUGAAGGCCGCGAUUGCCUUUCCAUCUGGGAAGCGUCAGAAUGGUCAAAGUGUUCGUCGGACUGCGGACGCGGGAUACAGAAGAGAACGGUCACGUGCACCAAUUCGCAGGGGAAGUGUGACGCAGCCACCAGGCCGAGGGAUGAGGAGGAUUGCGAGGAUCACACGGGCUGUUACGAGUGGAAGACGGGGGACUGGUCCAAGUGCUCCUCAACUUGUGGAAAAGGCCUUCAGUCGCGAGUGGUGCAGUGCAUGCACAAGGUCACAGGUCGCCACGGCAACGAGUGCCCUGUCCUCUCCAAGCCUGCGGCCUACCGACAGUGUCACCAGGAGGCCUGCAACGAGAAGAUAAACGUCAAUACUAUUACCUCUCCAAGGCUUGCCGCUCUGACAUAUAAGUGCGCAGGGGAUCAGUGGACGGUUUACUGCCGAGUGAUCCGGGAGAAGAACCUCUGCCAGGACAUGCGGUGGUACCAGCGCUGUUGCCAGACCUGCAGAGACUUCUAUGCAAACAAGAUGCAACGGAAGAGUUAAUGAAGAGCCGGGGCUUUGCU